AUGGGUCCUAUAGCUGUAAAAAUGGAAAGCAGUAAUAGUUUCUCCAAACAAAUCAACUCACCUAACAAAGUCCAGAAACCUAAGAGACAAAGAAAUAGAGUCCCCGUAUCAUGUCUAGCUUGUAAAAAGAGAAAAGUGAAAUGUGAUAAAGGUAAACCAGCAUGCGGGGGUUGUGUGAGAAAUGGGGUAGGCCAUUUAUGUCAGUAUAUUAAUCCUCCUUGGAUAGAUAACGAUGCCAGUGGAGGAGGGUCAUCACCAUUGGCUUCAUGUCAAUCUCUUCUGUCACCAGUGAAAAUAGAAACCACAAGUGAAUAUAAACAACUAAAAUCCCAGAAUGAAAAGACCAUUUCGAACCAGAAAAAGGAAAUAGAAAACCUAAAGAGACAACUACAGGUACUCCAACAACUAUCGCCCCGCAAUAGCCAAUCAGCAAAUAGUGAAAGUCGAGAUGAGAGCACUUUUUAUUUAGGCAAAGAUAUCACUAUUCUAUCCAAAUUAAGUCCAUUUGCUGUUCAACCACGAGUCACGAUGGAGAUACUAAGUGAGUAUACUGUUUUAAAUUCGCGAGUCUUGUCUUUCCCAGUUUGCCUUGAUAUAUAUUCUUGGGUAAAUAUAAUAAAACUCGAUCCACAAUUAACUACUUUGUGGUUCAAAAUCACAAACUUACAAAAAAUGUAUCACAUGUAUAAAAUUAACAAAUUAAAAAAUGACAAUUCGGCCAAGAAAUUAGCACCGUCUCAAUUAAAGAAAACUUCAUCCAAAAUAAAUGAAAUCGAUUUUACUUAUUCGUUUCUGCCAAGUGAUUCGCAAAAUACAGAACAACAACCAUUACCACUUGCAUCAUCAACAUCAAACAAUCACAAAUGUCCAGUCAUAGAAUGUGAUUUCAAUUUUAUGGGAGAUGAGGCCCAAUCACAAACGCCGAGUCCUAAAAGAAAUGUGACGAGUAGUACCCUCUCUUCAACGACUCAAACUCAAGAUGAUUCAGAGAAAUUACAAUGUCCCGUUUUUAAACCCGAUAUACAUAAUAAAUCAAAGAGUCUACAACAGAAAUUGCAAUCUUUAUGGGAAUCAAUUUUAAAUUUGACUCGUGGUUCAACUUUAAAUUAUCGACAACUUGUAUUUCUUUUGGAUUUUUAUUUCAAAAGCGAAAUAUUUGAAAGUAAAACUUUAUUGUUGUUCUAUAAAACAGAUAUUCUUAAUGUAAUUCAAAAGGGGCUAGAUGGAGAAUUAAUACUCAAUUUACCUAAAGGAUUGGAUGAAGAUAUAUAUUACCAGUUGAAAAUCAGUGGGAUUUAUGUGUCGAUGAUCGCGGUAAUAGUAGAAGAAACGCUCACUUAUUUAAGAAAUGUUCUUAAAUGUGAAGUUGUCGAUGAUAUAACUCAAAGUUUCAAUGUUAUAUUCCCACAAGAAUAUACAUAUUUGGGACUUGGGGCAAAACAAACAAAUAUACUUUAUAUUAUUGAGGAUUUUUUAACUUCUGAUGAUGACAACAUUAAUUUGGUUUCCUUUGUUGCCUUAUAUAUCACUGUAUUAAACAAAAUAAUUUAUGAGUAUAAGAAACCAGGUGGGGUAGUAAUAGAUCCUAAAACAUUAUUCACCAAACUUUUUUCCAAGUUUAUUGAAAAUAUACUUUCUUCCGGUUUUGAUAUGGAAAUUUGGAAGGAUCCUGAAUUGAUAGAAUUUCAAAGUUAUCAAAGAAAAAGAGCAAAAUAUUUGAAAUUGCAUUUCAGUCUUCUUUGGACAGAAGUGAUUAGAAUAUGUAAUUUGGUGUCAUUUAAUUUUGUUCCCAUAAUUAAACAAUCAUCAGAAUUAGACCAUUUGUUGCAAAAAAUGUAUUCUAAAAUUGCAAUAGUUGAUCUGUUGCAAUGUCAUUUGAAAUAUUUGACCCGUGUGGGAGAAAGUAACUUGAUUAUUGCUUUGCAUGUGCACUACUUAAUAGCCAGUAUAACUUCGUCUUUCCAUUACGGGAUAUUAAAUAUUGGGAUACCAAAAUUGACAGUAUCUAAUUUGGAUAGUUUAAUCAAGCAAUGUUCUACAUGGUUACAGGACUCUGGGUUGGAAGGAAUAAUUGAAAUCAAAAGAAUGGAAGUCGUCUAUAUGUUAUCUUAUUUGAGACUUUUUAUGAUUUAUAUUUUGUUGUUGCAGGGAGAGGAAUUAAAUGAGGAAGGAUUACUUGAAACGUUUGUGUUUCCUGGUAUUGUUUCACGGUUGAGUCAAUUUGUUGAAAUUUUAAAGAAUGGGAACCAUCAAUCUCAAUAUAUAUAUCUGGCCUUAAUUGAAUUGUUUACUAGAUCUAUACAAAUCGCGAUUGGAUUGUUACUUAGAGUCAAGAAUCAAAGUGGGUUUUUAAAACUGCAUCAAUCAUUACUUGAAGAUCAAAUCAAUAAGAUCACAAACGAUGUUUCUUCAACGUUAAAGUUUUUGCAAACUGUAAUUGUCAAUAAUAAAGAGAAAUUGGUAAAAUUAUCCAAAUUAUGGAAAUUUUAUCUUACAUUUGUUAACAAUAGCAAUUCCAAACAAGUCAAUUAUGCUGCAUUACAUAAAGGUGUACCAGAAUUUAGUCAACCUAAAUCUUGUCCUGUUAUUCAUGAUUCUACCACCAAGUCAACUUCAAUGGCCAACUCAUCUUCUAGUGUUUCCAUAAAAAGUGAAGGAGCCAAAUGUCCAAUUUCUCACAUAACAACACUGAUGAAUGAAAAUGAGGAAUCUACAAAAUUACAAGAAGUCGGGUCAAAUGUUAUACUUCCACCAAUUGUUUCCUAUGGUAACGGUGAAAACGGUGCUAGUUCUAAUGGACCUAGUCUGUCAAAUCAGAAGAGACGUAAAUGUCCCUUUGAUCAUACUGCCAUGAUGAAACGGAAAUCAGUUUACAAUAACCCAAUAGAAUCUAACAUGAGAGAAUAUCGAUCAUAUACACCUAGUCCCUUGGGAAGUAGUAUGCCAAUAACUACCCCAAUGAUGAGACAUCAACAAGAAGAUGAAGAGAUGUUAAAACCAGUGCCUCUGUGUUCUCCACCAUCUAAUCAUCAACAAAUCGAUAGUGCAGCAAGUACAACUUCAAGUCCUUCAAUGUUUGUUCUUGAUGAUUUAGAUGUGUUUAAUGAGUUUAACGAUUUUGAUUUGGAUUUCUUACAUAAUGAACAUUUAUUGAAUCAUAUUGAAAAUAAUAACAAUAAUAACAAUAACAGUGUUGCUGUGAAGAAUAGUGCUGACAAUAAUGAGAGUAGAAAUAUAGAAAACUACUUUCAAGGAUAA